UAUUAAAUAUAUACUGCAAAGUGGGGUGAUUAGACAAAGCAGGAAAAAUAUUUGUAAUUUCUUAAUUUGAACGGGUUUGAUGAGGAAAAUAUGAUUGUGGAAAACAAGCUGGAGGAAAUAAAAUGGAAUAACAUUGCAAGAGAAUAAUCCAAAAGAUGGCAGUAAUGCAACGCUCUUGGGUGCAAGCCGCCGUUAAACCUCAAAGAAGAAGAAGAAGAAGACUGCUUUGCGGGAAAGCGGAAGCUAGGUGACGUCACUGUGAAAAGGGCCUAUUCCAACGAACCAGAAGAGAAGCAGUCGCGGGCGCGGCAGAUUUGAACGUAUACAACUGUAUCGAAUACAUCACAUCAGUAGGAUUCGCUAAACUUCAGCAGCAUUUCUUUGACACAUGCAGUGCAGUUAGGCGAGCUCAAAUCAGAUACAAAACUGCUCGACCACUAUUAAUUUACAGUGAGAAAUGGCAAGGGAAACAUCAGCUUCAUAAGAAAAAAAGAAUGCAGUGUGAUCUCCUCUGGACCAGUGAUGAUUCUUUUAGUUCCUUGACAUGUACAUAUGUACCUUCAUUCAUCUGUCAACAUUACUACCUCUCAUUCUCACCAUGAACAUUGUGCUUUGUAUGGCAACAUGUAAUAAUGCAGAAUAUGAAAUUAAUGGAGAGUGUUGCCCAAUGUGUGAUCCAGGAAAAAGAGUUAAGAACCAUUGUGAUGCGUACACAAGCACAACAUGUGAUUCAUGUCCUGCGAUGACCUACACUGAUGUUCCUAAUGGAUUCACAAAAUGUCUGGCAUGUUUUGUCUGUGAUUCAAGUAAUGGGCUGAGAGAAAAGCGGGCAUGUACGUUAAUAUCAGAUACAGUUUGUGAACCUCUGCCAGGUUAUUACUGUAUAGACUUGCUCUCCAACUGUAAAACGGCCAUGAAACAUUCAACCUGCUCACCUCGACAAUACAUCAACCAAACCGGUCAGUCUAUAGACAAGCAAUGCUGCCCAAUGUGUGCCCCUGGAAACAGUGUUCGUUGGCACUGCACAGAUGACACCAGCACAACUUGUGUUCCAUGCCCUCCAUUAACUUUUCUUGAUGAACCAAAUGGCCUCAUGGAAUGCUUUCCCUGUACUGUAUGUGAUGCAAACCGAGGUUUAAGACUGAGUGAAGUAUGCACUCGGUCAUCAGAUGCUGUUUGUGGGCCACUGGAGAGAUUCUACUGCACUGAAAAAGAGAAAGGCAGCUGCACUUUAGCUGUGCAACAUUCUAAAUGUAACCCUGGACAAUAUAUCAAACAAGCAGGUACUGGUUCCACAGAUACUGUAUGUGCUGACUGUACAGAUGACUCAUAUUCAAACGGAUCUUUCUCAUCCUGUUUACCACAUACAAAAUGUGAGGCCAUGGGACUUGCUGAAACAAAUCCAGGAACACAUUCAUCAGACUCAGAAUGUGGAAAUCCCCCUACUGCUGUAGCAAUCAUUGCCUCUAGUGUUAUAGUUACUUUAAUAUUAAUUACAGUAGUAAGUGUUUUAAUAUUUAAACACAUUCGGAAGAAGAAACUGUCUAAAAGUUCAGGAAACAGGAAAUGGUUUACAUGAAAAACACAGUUCAAAAGUUGUUGGCUGCAGGAUAAAUGUUGAAUCAUUUGGAAUAGAAGAACAAGUCCUAAGAACCUAGGGCUUGACUACAGUUUCUAAACUACUCGCAUAUUUCACCACAUUCAUUGAAAGAGUUAUCAUGCCUGGAAUUUAUCGGGUUGAGCCACAGAAAAUUGGUCUGCAGCGGAGAGAAACAUCUCAUUCCUUUAAAAAAAUGAAAUCCAUCAGAAAACGAUGAUCAGAACCUGCUAAAUUCAACACACAGAAGUGCUUCUGAAGUCUGAUGGGAAGACUAAAUCCACUACCAGCUCUUUGCACAGACAUACUGAGCUGACCCAUUUUACAUCUUUAUGAAAAUGCAGAUUUUGUUGAUUAUUUUAUACAUUGUUUCUAUUGCCUUUCUAUACUUAGAACUAGCUUAUUGUGUCUGUGCCCGUGCUGAAUAUGAGAUAAACGGACAUUGCUGCCCUAUGUGUGCACCUGGUAACCGUGUUUUAUGGCAUUGCACAGUGGAUACCAGCACAACUUGUGCACCCUGUAAUACAUCCACAUACACUGAUGAGUCU